AUGCUCACCAUUACAGUAUGCAAGCAUUUUCUUGAGAAAGUGAGACCUAUCUUUUCCAUGCUUCACAGGCUGGAGGGUGUUCCGGAAUCUGGCUUCAUUCCAAAACAAGGGGGAGAAGGUGCUUCAACAAAAGAAGAACCCAAAGCUCCAGUUAAACACAAAGCUCCAGUUCAACCAGUUAUCAAGCUAGAACCUAAGGGAAAGGAAAACAUGUUCAAUAAGGAGCCUAUUAUAGAUGAUGGAGAAGAAGAGAAGCCUGAUGAGGAAGAACUGAAAAGGCAAAAGGCUCAUGAAGCCGAAAUGGAUGAGCACCAACGAAUCAUCCGAGAGGCUGGCUCAAGGCACUCUUCCAAGCAAGAAGUUGUUGUUUCCCAAGUGGACCAUGAAUCGAAUCCAUAA